AUGGAGGUGCCGGCGGCCGCGGAGCGCAACAAGGGCCCGAUCCUGGCGGUGCUGCGGGAGUGCGCGGGGGGCGCUGCCCACGCGGGGGCGGCGCUGCGGGUGCUGGAGGUGGGCGCGGGCGCGGGGCUCCACGCCGCGCACUUCGCCCGCGCCCUCCCGCACACGCGCUGGCAGCCCUCGGACAUCGACCCGCGGGCCCUGCGCAGCAUCUCUGCCUACGUGGAGGCCACGGGGCUGCCCAACCUGCUGCCCCCCAUCGUGGUGGACGUCUCGCAGGGCUGGGAGGCGUGGGGGGGCACCCAGCCCGCCACCCUCGACCUCCUUGUCAGCAUCAACAUGAUGCACAUCGCGGAGCUGCGCUGCACCGAGGGCCUGUUCAAAGGUGCUGGGGUGCUGCUGAAGCCCGGAGGAGUGCUCUUCACCUACGGGCCCUACGCCGUGGACGGACAGAUCAGCCCCCAAAGCAACGUGGACUUUGACCGCAGCCUGAGGCAGAGAAAUCCCGCCUGGGGCCUGCGGGACACGGCGCUGCUGCGGGAACUGGCCGAGGCCAACGGGCUGCGCCUGGAGAGGAUGGUGGACAUGCCGGCCAACAACAAGAGCCUCAUCUUCCGCAAGCUGUGACUGCCCCGACCUCCAGCACGUCCCGGCACUGCUGCCCCCAGCGCUGCCUCCUCGAGGGGUCCCAGCGUCCCCCCACAGGUGCCACCUGGGGACAGCAGUGAUGGGGCUGACUUAGCUGGGGGGGAGGGGUCCAUCUCCCCCAGUGCCUUGUCCCUUGGCAACAGGGUGCCGCAGCCCGGACCAGAGGAGGACAGGCAUGGUGGGGCACAGGUGUGGGAGUGGGGGCACAGCACCCCUGGGUAUGGGGGACACUUCUUGGUUUGCUCAGGGGAUGCUGUGCUGAGGGCAGGGGGCGAUCACCCUUCCCCCCUUCCCCAGGACUGUGCAUUUCCCCCCAAUAAACUUUGUGGCUUUGGCUCCCCCC